AAUGCUCCCGUUGGGGUUAGCGAUUCCUCUGGUAGAUCCCAGCCGCAGGAGACAACGUAAUCCGCAGCAACGGUAGACGUACCGAACACUGGAAAUCAGAGACGGCGGACAGAUGGCCCUGUCGACGCUGCUACUCUCGUUGUCGCUACUGGCACACGCCGCGCUCGGCACCCCGGCGCUGAGCGGCAGUUCCUCCGUGCAGCAGCUCUACGACUCUCUCACGGAUCAAGAGAAGGAGUACUUCAUCAGGUACCAUCUGGGGAAGGCGGUGUCGACCCAGCACAGCGCCCGUCUGCCCGCUGACGUCGAGACAGAACCUGCCGUGCUCGUGCCCCAGCACAUCCAGCAGAAGAUCGAGGACGUGAGCAAGAACCUGCCCACGGACUUCCCCAACAGACUGUACGAGCUGGUGACGACGCAGUACGACCUCACCUACAAGCAAGUGCGCACCUUGGUGCGAUCGGGCCAAGUCUGCAACGCCAACGGCGUCUGCCUCUACCCCAAGGACGUCGGUUCAAGCUGCUGCCCCUUCUGACGACCAGCCAUCGAUGUGACGUCACAGCUCCUCAGUCGCAUCAUCUGUGCUCCACGACUUGGUCUUUGAACUAAUUACCAUUUCACUAUACUGAUUAAAAAAAAACAACACCUAAGAUAAAUUGUGUAGUACAGAUGACUACGCAAUAUCAAACAUGGACCCAGUAAUGUAAAUGGAGUUUUAUAACAAUUUAAUUAAAACCUUUGCAUUACUUUUGAAGUGAAAAAAUCUUUACUGUGGGGGCAACAUUUUUUCGAGCGUUGCGAAAAUUCCGAUCGCAUGAGGGGAAUAGUUAGGUACACGUGGUGGGAGAAUCGGCAGAGCAGGAGAGUAUGUCAGCGGCGACGCCACUCCAAAUAUUGCACUAGCGGUCGAAUGGGAAGACAGAAAAAGGGGGGGGGGGGAGUUACGUAGCGGAGCAUGCUGUAUGCUAGAUGUAACGGCCGGAAGCGGAAAGAGGUAGAAAUGACGCAGCAGUGAUGCUACGGAAUUCCUCGUAACUAUGCUUGAGUUUGUCUACUCCUCAGUUUUUCGUAACAGCUGAGGAUUGACGUUGCCGUAUUUACUUUUAUUUAUUUAUUCGUUCUGAAAAGAGUUAUUGAUUUGUGCAAUUGAGAUUAUAAAUAUCAUUUAUUUAUUAUGUGGAUAGUUUGAUCGCAAAUGAAAAUAAUUUACGUGCAGUAACAUCUAACCUCGGUAGCGAACAAAUCUAUGUGUUCUUAUGUUGUUCGUUCAGAAUGAAUUAUGUAAUUUCAUAACAGUGAAAUAUAAUUUGUAUAACUAGUCCGGCAAUUUUUUAGUUGUUUUCCUGCAUACAAACUUACAGUCCCGCUGUACAAUAAUUAUACAUAAAUAUAGACUAGUAAAAAAAAAAAAUGUGAGAGCUUGCACUGUCGAUGGUAAAUUUAUUUUGAAAUAAAUGUUAGAUUUUAAAA